CCUCCUCCAGACCUUCGCACGCCAACGCGCGGCAACCGGGGGAUCAGGACGGCUGUUUUCACGCGCCACCUUUCGACAGGAGGCGCUGCUCAGACGGAUCCUUUCCCGCCCCCAGGACCCGGCCCCUGCCCCGCCCCGUAUUUGUGCGGCGCCAGCUGGCCAGGCCGAUUCCAGCGCAGAGAGGCUGGACUUGUAGGCGCAGCAGCUCCGGAGGCGAGCUGGGGACGCGACCAGGGCUAUGCUGGGCAAGGAUUACAUGCUGGCCAUCAUUCUGGUCAACUGCGAUGAUGACUUGUGGGGGGACCAGAGUCUGGAGGGGGAGCCAGGUUUGCCCCCUGGCUGGAGGAAGAUCCGCGAUGCUGCAGGUACUUAUUAUUGGCAUGUACCCAGCGGUAGCACCCAGUGGCAGCGCCCAACCUGGGAGUCAGGAGAUGCAGAGGACCCAGGCACGAAGACGGAGGGAAUUUGGGGACUUCGGCCCCCCAAGGGGAGAUCCUUCUCCAGCCUGGAGAGCUCACUGGACCGGAGUAAUUCUCUGUCCUGGUAUGGUGAAGAAUCCUACAUCCAGAGAAUGGAGCCAGGGGCUAAGUGCUUCGCAGUCCGCUCUCUGGGCUGGGUAGAAGUACCUGAAGAGGACCUGGUACCAGGGAAGAGCAGUAUUGCAGUCAAUAACUGCAUCCAGCAGCUGGCCCAGACCCGUAGCCAGAGCCAGCCCCCGGAUGGUACCUGGGGCGAGGGCCAGAACAUGCUGAUGAUCCUGAAGAAGGAUGUGAUGAGCCUGGUGAAUCCCCUGGACCACAGUCUGAUCCACCGCCAGCCUCUGGUGCACAUUCGUGUAUGGGGUGUGGGCAGCUCCAAGGGCCGGGACUUCGCUUUUGUGGCGGGUGACAAAGACAGCUGUAUGCUCAAGUGCCAUGUGUUUCGCUGUGACGUCCCUGCCAAGGCCAUUGCCAGUGCCCUACACGGGCUCUGUGCCCAGAUCUUGUCAGAGCGAGUAGGGGUCAGUGGUGAUUCCCCUUGCUGCUCGCUAGACCCCAUCUCCCCUGAAGACCUGCCUCGACAAGUGGAGCUACUGGAUGCGGUGAGCCAGGCUGCUCAGAAGUACGAGGCACUGUACAUGGGGACCCUGCCAGUCACCAAAGCCAUGGGCAUGGACGUGCUGAACGAGGCCAUUGGUACCCUCACCACCCAUGGGGACCGGGACGCCUGGGUCCCUGCUAUGCUCAGCGUAUCUGACUCUCUCAUGACUGCACAUCCCAUUCAGACAGAGGCUGGUGCAGAGGAGGAGCCACUGUGGCAGUGCCCUGUGCGCCUCGUGACCUUUAUUGGUGUUGGUCGUGACCCACACUCCUUUGGCCUCAUUGCUGACCUGGGCCGUCAGAGCUUCCAGUGUGCGGCCUUCUGGUGCCAGCCCCAUGCAGGGGGACUCUCCGAAGCUGUGCAGGCUGCUUGCAUGGUUCAGUACCAGAAGUGUCUUGUGGCCUCUGCGGCUCGAGGCAAGGCCUGGGGUGCCCAGGCCCGUGCCCGCCUGCGGCUCAAGCGGACCAGCUCUGUGGACUCCCCUGGAGGUCCCCUGCCCCUCCCCCUGCUCAAAGGAGGGGUUGGGGGUGCAGGGGCAGCCCCUCGAAAGCGGGGCGUCUUCUCUUUUCUUGAUGCCUUCCGGCUGAAACCCUCUCUGCUCCACAUGCCCUAAAUUAAUCGGGGAGGACUGGGGAAGGAGGUUCUGGGUCCAUGCCCGAUUCUGUACCCCUUCAUUCCCCAGGGACCUGCAGCCUCUCGCCCCUUGGAGCCUUCUCUGCCUUCCCCACUGACCCUUGCCCACCCUCUAUUUAUUGCUCAAUUUAUUGUUUAUAUGGAUGAUUGAGAGGCCCUGUACCACAGCCUAGGCCCCGGGCUCUCCUCUCCCUGGGUCCCUGUGUUCCUUGCCCCUGUCCAGCCCUGGACAGUUGGCUCUACCUCAGCAACACUUUAUAGCAAAAUCAGUACAAAUAAAAAUCCCUCAGUGACCUCACUGGAUGUGAGUAUAUUGGGCCUGGGACUGGGUUGGGAGUUAACAACCUGUAUGAGAUGAGUGUCUGCGUCUGUGCUUGGUGUUGGUGGCUGCAGGUAGUCACAUAAGGGCAUGCGAGUGUUGGAAAAAUGACUUCAUUUAAGAAAUAUAUUUUUAAGAAUAUAUAGGCACUAGGCACUAAGGUCGGCACUGGAAGUAUAAUAAAAUAGGAGUUCCACCUUCUGAGACUGUCAAACAAGAGUCAAAUAAACAGUACUGAAGAUAAUAUGUAGUUCAACUAGGAAAUCUCAGAAGGUUGUGGGAGCUCAGGUGAGACACCUGAAGUACCUGGUCUGAGGUACUUUAAGUGUGCUAGUCUUCCUGAUAAAUACAUUCCAGCCGAGAGAGUGUAAACGUUCAGGGAAGUGGACAGAGGUUCUGGAAGUCCACCUGGCUAGAUCACAGUGGGGGCAUGUGUGGGGCAGGAGCUUCUGGUGGUUUGAACUUGCUCCUGAGAGCAACUGUGAGAUUUGGAGAGAGGGACCCCACUUGGGCUCCUAGUGCGCCACCUCCUGGAAAACAGCCCCACUUGGUACCAUGUGGUUAGGGCCCCGUGCUUUAUUAGCUGGAAUAGAUUUAGAGUUCCUUAGGGAGUUGGAGCAGGGCCUCGACGGCGAUUCCCAGCGUUUCUGAACUGUCCAACCUGGAGGGCUCCAGGCAA